ACCAGCGCCACAGCAACAUCCUCAGAGUCUGAGGGAACUGCGCCCAGCCCAGCGAGGGCACAGAGCUUCCCACCGCCAGCAACCUGCAGCCGGGAGAGCAGCGAGAGCCCUGACAGCGCCUCGCCGCCACCAGUGCCCGGACCACCAUGGCCAAGAACCGCAGGGACAGAAACAGUUGGGGUGGGUUUUCAGAAAAGACAUACGAAUGGAGCUCUGAGGAGGAAGAGCCAGUGAAAAAGGCAGGACCAGUCCAAGUCCUCAUUGUCAAAGAUGACCAUUCCUUUGAAUUAGAUGAAACUGCUCUAAAUCGGAUCCUUCUCUCAGAGGCUGUCAGGGACAAGGAAGUCGUCGCUGUAUCUGUUGCUGGAGCAUUUAGAAAAGGAAAAUCCUUCCUAAUGGACUUCAUGUUGAGAUACAUGUAUAACCAGGAAUCAGUUGAUUGGGUUGGAGAUCACAAUGAACCAUUGACCGGUUUUUCGUGGAGAGGGGGCUCUGAACGAGAGACCACAGGAAUCCAGAUAUGGAGUGAAAUCUUCCUUAUCAAUAAACCUGAUGGUAAAAAGGUUGCAGUGCUAUUGAUGGAUACUCAGGGAACCUUUGAUAGUCAGUCAACUUUGAGAGAUUCAGCCACAGUAUUUGCCCUUAGCACAAUGAUCAGCUCAAUUCAGGUUUAUAAUUUAUCUCAAAAUGUCCAAGAGGAUGAUCUUCAGCACCUUCAGCUUUUCACUGAAUAUGGCAGGCUAGCAAUGGAAGAAACGUUUCUGAAGCCAUUUCAGAGUCUGAUAUUUCUCGUUCGAGACUGGAGCUUCCCAUACGAAUUUUCAUAUGGAUCUGACGGUGGCUCCAAAUUCUUGGAAAAACGCCUCAAGGUCUCAGGGAACCAGCAUGAAGAACUACAGAAUGUUCGAAAACACAUCCAUUCCUGUUUCACCAAAAUUUCCUGUUUUCUGCUACCUCAUCCUGGCCUAAAAGUAGCUACCAAUCCAAACUUUGAUGGAAAACUGAAAGAAAUAGAUGAUGAAUUCAUCAAAAACUUGAAAAUCCUCAUUCCUUGGCUGCUUAGUCCCGAGAGCCUAGACAUUAAAGAGAUCAAUGGGAACAAAAUCACCUGCCGAGGUCUGGUAGAGUACUUCAAGGCUUAUAUAAAGAUCUAUCAAGGUGAAGAAUUACCACAUCCCAAAUCCAUGUUACAGGCCACAGCAGAAGCUAAUAAUUUAGCAGCCGUCGCAACUGCCAAGGAUACAUACAAUAAAAAAAUGGAAGAGAUCUGUGGCGGUGACAAACCAUUUCUGGCCCCUAAUGACCUGCAGACCAAACACCUGGAGCUUAAGGAAGAAUCUGUGAAGCUGUUUCGAGGGGUGAAGAAGAUGGGCGGGGAGGAAUUUAGCCGCCGUUACUUGCAACAGCUGGAGACUGAAAUAGAUGAACUCUACAUCCAGUAUAUCAAGCACAAUGAUAGCAAAAAUAUCUUCCAUGCAGCUCGUACCCCAGCCACACUGUUUGUUGUCAUCUUUAUCACAUAUGUGAUUGCUGGUGUGACUGGAUUCAUUGGUUUGGACAUCAUAGCUAGCCUAUGCAAUAUGAUAAUGGGACUGACCCUUAUCACCCUGUGCACCUGGGCAUACAUCCGGUACUCUGGAGAAUACCGAGAGCUGGGAGCUGUAAUAGACCAAGUGGCAGCAGCCUUGUGGGACCAGGGAAGUACAAAUGAGGCUUUAUACAAGCUUUACAGUGCGGCAGCAACCCACAGACAUCUGUAUCAUCAAGCGUUUCCUGCACCAAAGUCAGAAUCUACUGAACAAUCAGAAAAGAAGAAAAUGUAACCCCAAAUUUAAAAAAUACAGGUGCAUGACCAAAUUGUCAAUUAAAUAUUGUUUUAUGUUUCCAUGCAAACAUACAAAGUGCUUCCAUCAGAACAGAGUAAAAUACCAAGCACCUAUGAAGAGUGCACAACAGCUUAGUUCUUUUGCUUCAGUGUUUAAUAAGCAGAUAUAUGUAUGCAUGGUUAUAUCAUUUGUUAACAUGUAUAGUUUCUUGAUUUUGUCUUCAAAUAUGCUAUUAUAAUUUAAAGAAUUUGUCUAUUUAUGGUAACAGUACAUGUGUUCUGCUUGAAUUUACUAAAUACUACUACUGGGUUAUAGUUAAACCAUGUAGUAAUAUUACUCCACAUUUAGAUAUGCUCAUUUAAUUUCUACAGAAGAAUUUUUAAAUUAUUUCACAUAGGCAUUUGUUAAAACAUAGCUCAAUAGGCUUGAUUCAACCUAUACCAUCUUACAUAUACCAUUAGCUUUUAUUAUAAAAGACAUCUAAGAGAGCUUUUCAGUUGCUUUAUCAGAAACUAUAUAUUGCUUCUUUUAUAUUAUUGUUUAAUAUAGAAUAUAAACCUCUUGAUCAAAAAUGCACAAAAAAAUCACUUUGUAUAUGUAUUUGAGUUUCACUGCAUUGUAUAUUUUUUCAUUUGGUACACAAAGAUAUGUAUUCAUCAUAGGUUUAUUCUUUUAACAUGUGAACUAUUAUUAAAGUUUACUCUGGUUCCUAAGAUUAAAAA